AUGCCUCCAAAGUUCGACCCAUCUCAAGUGGUCGAUGUCUACGUACGCGUCACCGGAGGCGAGGUCGGCGCCGCCAGUUCCCUCGCUCCCAAGAUCGGUCCUCUGGGUCUCUCCCCAAAGAAGAUCGGAGAAGACAUUGCUAAAGAGACAGCCAAGGACUGGAAGGGUCUGAGAGUCACCGUCAAGCUCACCGUUCAGAAUCGUCAGGCGAAGGUCUCUGUGGUGCCUUCAGCAGCGGCUCUGGUCAUCAAGGCCCUGAAGGAGCCAGAGAGAGAUCGCAAGAAGACGAAGAACAUCAAGCACAGCGGUAACAUUUCAUUGGAUGAUGUGAUUGAGAUUGCUAAGAUCAUGAAGCACAGGUCCAUGGCCAAGGAGUUGGCUGGGACGGUGAAGGAGAUUUUGGGCACUUGCGUUUCUGUUGGGUGUACUGUGGAUGGUAAAGACCCCAAGGAUCUGCAGCAGGAGAUUGCUGAUGGAGAUGUUGAGAUUCCCUUGGACUGA